AUGUAUGAAUCAUUCCGCCCCCAUCCCCUCCUCGCCCAGGUCCCUCUCACCGUCUCUCCCUUUAUCAAUCUCCCCACCUCCGUCACGCUCCCCUACACCUACAAAUCUGUCCCCUCCACCCUUCCUCAGUCCGUCACGGUCGACCCCAAUAAUCCCAGCGUGAAAGCCCGCUACGUCGUCUCCGCCAGUGGCGAACACGCCGCCUCCCCCGAAGAGAUCCUCGCGUCCUGCAAGUCCCUCGAGGAACAUCUCACCAAGGCCCGCAACGAUUCCCUCCAAGCCAUCCAAGACUGGGAACGGUCCAUCGCCGAACGGGAGCUCGCGGAGAAGCGACGGGUUGCGCCGGGUUGGUUAGAUCGCGAAGAGAAGCUCCUCCAGCCGAGUCGAGCCACCACCAGCCCCAGUUCCGGGAUGGGAUUGGGGGAACCGGCCAGUUUGUUGGACAGCUCUGCGGCCGAUUCGGCCGUGUCCAGUUUGCCGUCGAUGAAACCGCACGACGAGGGGGAGGAACUGGAUCGCGCGUUUGGUGGACUCGAUGUGAAAUGA